AUGCAGCUGUGCCCGCUGUACCAAUCAACCCUGAGGACGCUGCCCCACUGGCACGAGUUUAAGGAGGCGAGGAAGUGGGUGGAGACUGAGUUGUUGAUCUCUAAGAAUAUGGACGUGAACCUGUUUGAGAGCACCAUCCGGAUUGUGGGAGUCAUGCUGAGCACCUACCACCUGACUGGGGAUGAGAUGUUCCUGGAGAAGGCUAAAGAUAUUGGGUUGAGGUUAAUCCCUGCCUUCAAAACCCCCUCCAAGAUCCCCUUCUCUGAGGUGAACAUUGGGAAGGGCACGGCCCACACACCUCGCUGGACGUCCGACAGCACCCUGGCCGAGGUCACCAGUGUCCAGCUGGAGUUCAGAGAGCUCAGGCGUCUUACCCACGACCCUCAGUACCAGGAGGUGGUGAAUGAGGUGAUGAGGCUGAUCCAUAAGCUGCCAGGGAAACAUGACGGCCUGGUGCCCAUAGUCAUCAACACCAACAGCGGCCAGUUCACCCACAAAGGAGUGUUCACCCUGGGGGCCUGGGCAGACAGCUACUACGAGUACCUGCUCAAACAGUGGAUACAGAGAGGCAAGACUGAACCAGAUCUGUUGGAGGACUACCUAGAGGCAGUGGAGGGGGUAAAGAAGCACCUCCUGAGAACCACGGGCCCCAGCAAGCUGACCUUCAUAGGGGAGCUCAACCACAACCGCUUCAACACUAAAAUGGACCACCUGGUGUGCUUCCUGCCUGGCACUCUGGCGCUGGGUGCCCACAAUGGGCUGCCAGAGGACCACAUGGAGCUAUCCCUGCAGCUGAUGGAGACGUGCCACCAGAUGUACGUCCAGAUGGAGACGGGCCUGAGCCCCGAGAUCACCCAUUUCAACCUGCAGCCUUACGAGUGGCGAGACAUCGACGUCAAGCCUGCAGACAGACGCAAUUUCCUGAGACCAGAGACAGUGGAUAGUCUGUUCUACCUGUACAGAUUCACUCAGGAAACUAAAUACAGAGACUGUGGCUGGGACAUUCUAGAGAGCUUCAACAGAUACACCAGGGUGCCAAGUGGAGGCUAUACCUCCAUCAGUAACGUGCAUGACCCUGUGAACCCUGGUCCCAGGGACAAGAUGGAGAGCUUCUUCCUGGGGGAGACACUCAAGUACUUCUACCUGUUGUUCUCAGACGACCUGGAGCUGCUCAGCCUGGACAAGUAUGUGUUCAACACCGAGGCCCACCCACUACCCAUCUGGCAAUCUCCUCCGGUCUGA